AUGUACGUAAGGAUUGGUGGAAUGGACAAGAUGGUCAGUAAGCAUGAUCUUCGUAGGAUAUUCACAUUUACAAGCCGUAUAUACAAGUCAAUAGAAUGCUCUUCAGGUAUUCAACUGUACUUUUAUAGUACGUUGCAUGAGAUUAUGAUGGCACAAAGACUUAACAAAGAGAAGUUAAUUGGGUGUUUAGAGGUCAGCUUCAUUGAGCUUACACUAGAGGAGGAGGCCUGCCUAUCCAUCGUUCCCUCCAAAUCCUCCCAUUGUCUCUAUGCUGUUUGUGACGGAGAUAUUUGUAUAGACACAGUCGAGAAAUUCUUCGGAUCACCCAUCAGAUGCUACUUGAGGAGCGAGAAAUCUGAAGAAACAUACGUUGUCGAGUUUAAGGAGCCAGUAGAAAUAAGGAAGCCGGAUUUUAUGAAGUAUGUGUUUUCCUUUGAAGAUUAUAUAGAUUACGUAGUGAAUGCCAGGCUUUACGACUGCAAAUAA